GACGGCGCCACCCGCGCAUUAGCGCUAUCCGUCCGAUAUAUUGCCAAAAAAUAGCAAGGAAAAAUGGAAAGCCGUGAGAAAAGAAAGGAAAUAAAAAAAAAGGAAAGCCGAAAGCUUUCCAGCAAAUGUUUUUUGUUUUGAAGAAAUACACCAACCCAGCGGCUUUUUCUCAAUCUCACUCCUACUGCUUCUCCACUUCCUCCGUGGAUUCACCACGAUCUCCACCUCCGGUGACCGCACCUCUCUCUCAUCCGAAUGUUCCGCUACUACCUGCUUUUCUCCCUGUUAGUUUUAACAUGGAGUCCGAGUCCGGUCACCGCUAACCCCGAGACCAACCUCUUAAACUUCGGCUGCAGCCAGUACAAUGUCAGCGACCUCAGCGUCUUCCUCGCCAACCUCAAUGCCAGCUACGCCGACCUCCGCGCCGAGAUCUCCAACUCCUCCUUCUCUUCCUUCGCCACCGCCGAGCGGCCGCGCGCCUCCAACCCCGUCUACGCCCUCUUCCAGUGCCGCCCCUACCUCUCUCAGGCCGAUUGCCUCGCCUGCCUUGCGGCGGCGGAAGACCGGCUCCGCAACUGCUCCGCCGCCAAUGGCGGCCGCGUGAUCUUCGACGGAUGCUUCCUCCGCUACGAGAGCGCCCCCUUCUUUCACCAGGACACCCUCCCCGGCAAUGUCGGCAUUUGCAGCGGCCUCAUCGGCCCGGCUGCCGCCGCAUUCACGGCAGCGGCCGAGAGGCUGGUGCGCGACCUCGCUGCCGCCACGCCACGGAUCCCCGGGUUCUUCGCCGGGGCGGAGAGGGGCGGGGUGUACGGGGUGGCGCAGUGCGUGGAGACGGUGAACGAGAGGGGGUGCUCCCAGUGUCUUCAGGUGGCGCUCGGGAAUAUCCGGGGCUGCCCGCCGGACUCCUACGGGAGGGCGGUGGACGUCGGGUGCUUUCUGAGGUACUCCAACGACCCCUUCUUCCCACCCAAUGAGGCGGUGAAUCUCGCUCCCUUCUUGGAUUCAGGAGGGUGGAGAGCAAAGGGAGGCAUCAUUGGAGGAGUUGUAGGGGGACUUGGGGCUCUGUCGCUUCUAGGUCUGGUGGCAUUCCUGUGGGUCAGACGGUCGAAAAAGCCCGAGAAGGCUCGAACAGGAGACUUAUUAGGGGCAACAGAACUCCAGGGUCCAUUGAAUUUCCAUUACAAGGAUCUAAAAACUGCAACAAAGAAUUUCAGUAAGGAAAAUAAACUGGGAGCAGGAGGGUUUGGAGAUGUAUACAAGGGUGUACUGAAAAAUGGCAAAAUAGUUGCGGUGAAAAAACUGGCAAUAGCUCAAACCAGCAGGGCAAAGGCUGAUUUCCAGGGUGAGGUGAAGCUUAUAGGCAAUGUUCAGCACCGAAAUCUGGUCCGUCUUCUUGGAUGUUCUAGCAAAGGUCCUGAGCUGCUGCUUGUUUAUGAGUACAUGGCAAAUAGCAGCCUUGAUAAGUUCCUAUUUGGUGACAAACAUGGAACCCUCAACUGGAAGCAGAGAUUUGAUAUAAUUGUGGGCAUGGCUCGAGGUCUUGUAUAUCUGCAUGAGGAAUUCCAUUUCCGUAUCAUACACCGUGAUAUAAAGUCUAGCAAUAUACUGCUUGAUGAGAAUUUUCAGCCCAGAAUUGCAGAUUUUGGCCUGGCAAGGCUUCUUCCAAGCGAUCAGAGUCAUCUGAGCACCAAGUUUGCAGGAACCUUGGGUUAUACAGCACCUGAGUAUGCAAUUCAUGGACAGCUAUCUGAGAAAGUUGAUACAUACAGCUAUGGAGUUGUUGUCCUCGAAAUAGUUAGUGGUCGGAAGAGCAACGACAUAAAGCUUGAGCCUGAAACUCAGUACCUUCUUGAAUUGGCUUGGAAACUAUAUGAAAAUGGCAAGUUGAUCAAUCUGGUGGAUGAAACUUUGGAUCCAAAUGGAUAUAAGCCAGAAGAAGUGAAGAGAGUUAUUGAGAUAGCUCUCCUUUGCACCCAGUCCACAGUGGCUGCAAGGCCUACCAUGUCUGAGGUUGUCAUUUUGCUGCUGAGCGAAGGCGGACCCAUACUGCAGCCUACAAGACCUACCUUCAUAGAUGCCACAAGUAGGGUUCGUGGAGACACAUCCUCCUCCACUGGCUUUUCUUGUGGAUCCAACGCGACUGUUUCCAUAUCACAAUUUUCAGCUCGAUGAGGUUAUUGUCAUGAAUUAGAAAUGAUUCUCAGGUAAAGAACAUGGAGGACAUAUUUGAAGCUGGAGCAUGCAUAGAACAUAUAAAUAGUUGGAGCAUGGAAUGCAAUGUAAUAUGAAAGGUGAUUAUAAUUUCAAAUUUGCAGAUUGCUAGGUUAGCAUAGGAAGCAGUGUAAGUGACAUUGUGCAGUUCCAAGGAUAAGUUUUUGCAGCAAAUAAGACUUCAUAUUGG